UCUCGUGAAACAACUCUUCUCCUUUAACAUGUAGUUAGCAGGUCACCGCAACGGCUGGUGAGGGUGGGGACGUAGGUGGGUUAAGCUAUGGUCAUGCGUGCGAUUGCGCGCAGGCCUUGUAUCAAAACACACACACUCUCUCUCUUUGGCCGCUGCGAGAGCCUUUCCGCCUGUGGCGCCAUCUGACGCGGUGGUUCCGACCCUCUCUGCUCUGCUCUCUCUCUCUCGAUGCCUGUCCAAGCUAAGUAUUGGGCAUUGGUGGUUCCUUCGUCCUUUUAUCGGGAUUGUUCUCGCUUCUGUUGCUGCUGUUGUACUGCAGGCUGCAGUAGCGAUAGCGGUGUCAAUGGUGGUAGUCGUUCAACCAAACUCAUAUAUGAGGCACCAUUUUUCGGGCUCCAGGUCCACGCUUCUAGGGCCUACGGGAAGAGGGGUUUCUCUGUUCGGUCCCAUCGACUGAAUGAAUUUAAUAAAGAGGAAGGUGAACAAGAGGAUGAUGACGAUUUUGGAAUGUCGAGGUCUAAAAGUGCUUUGGCAGUGGAAAAAUGUGCGAAUGGUACCAUGAAAAGAUAUAUACUGGAUAGUUGUUCUCAAUCAGUAGCAGUUGUGGAGGAACAUUCAGUGGUGGUAGUUGCUAGGACAACAGAAGCACAUUCUGAUGUUAAAGUAUCUUGGCUACCAAGAACUCUGAAAGAUUUUAUACUUCCUGCUGGUUUUCCAGGGUCAGUUUCAGACGAUUAUUUAGAGUACAUGAUCUUGCAGUUUCCUACCAAUGUGACUGGAUGGAUCUGCCAUACACUUGUGACAUCAAGUCUCUUAAAGGCCGUAGGUGUAACCUCUGUUUCGGGAACUGCAGCUGCUGCUUCUACUGCUGCAAUCAGAUGGGUGUUGAAGGAUGGUCUAGGAGCUCUUGGACGCCUUUUUAUUGGUGGACGAUUUGGAACACUUUUUGAUGAUGAUCCAAAACAGUGGCGGAUGUAUGCAGAUUUUCUUGGGAGUGCUGGAAGUAUCUUUGAGCUAGCAACUCAACUCUACCCAUCAUAUUUUCUUCCACUAGCUUCAGUCGGAAAUCUUGCAAAGGCUCUUGCAAGAGGAUUCAAGGACCCUUCGUUCCGUGUGAUUCAAAAUCAUUUUGCUAUCUCUGGGAAUCUUGGGGAAGUUGCAGCAAAGGAAGAGGUUUGGGAAGUAGCUGCUCAGCUUCUUGGUCUCACUAUUGGUAUACUGUUUCUGGGAACACCUGAACUGGCUACGCCGUAUCCAAUGCUUGUGAUUUCCUGGUUGAGCUUGCGACUGUUGCACCUUUGGCUGCGCUAUCAGUCUCUUAUGACCUUGAAAUUUUGUACAAUCAACCUCAAGCGUGCACGUAUUCUUGUGAAGUCACAUAUGUUGCUCUCUAUUGUACCAGGAUGUGCUGAAUGUAACAAAGAAGAAAAUAUCUUGAUCCAUCAAAGCUUUGUAAAGCCCCAGAUUCUUUUUGGCUCCUCCUUGAGUGAAAUAAUAGGGGUGAAGGGUUCAGUUAACGAGCUGAAGGCCCUUCUGGAGUUGUAUGAUGGAGAGGAUUACAUUCUCUCAAUGAGCCAUCGCCAAUCGGUUGAAGAGCUGAAAAUAUUAGUUUCAUUCAAGGUUGGAGCAACUAGUGUCACUGUAUUGCGUAGCAUGUGGCAAGCUUAUUGGCUUUUGGAGCAUUGGGAAGGUUCGAAUAAUGCAUUUCAUCAGCUUGCCGAAAGUCUUUCAGAGGUGCAAGAAAGGUUUGAUGAUUUUCUUAAAAAGUUGGUGGAUGCUGGUUGGGACGUCAAGCAGAUCAAUAUUAAAGUGCCAAAAGAAUUUAUUAUGUAUGUACAAAAUGCAAUUGAAUGUUCCUCAGCCAGCUGAGUAGCCGGCAUUUUGGUGUAUUGAUCAUGGAAAUUUUGGGUGUCCGCAAUCUUAUUGAUAGUGUUAUUUCUUUGCC